AUGAGUUCAAACGUGCUUUGUUUACACUGCUCGCGUCUUGUUGCAAAUCAUCAUCAAGCAAUUGAUUGUGAUUCUUGCGGAGGAUGGCAACAUCGUGCUUGUAACACUGGUAUAUCCAGGUACAUGUAUGCCAAGAUGCGCCGUGGCGAAGUGACAAGAGAUUUCAUUUGUGAAAAAUGCGCGCACAAUCAGACACCCAUGGACACAUCUGAUACCAGUGUUGGUGACAUGCUCCUACAAAUACCGCCUAUGGAAGAUUCUACUCAGUCCUUAGAUGGCCUAACAGCCGAUACACACUCUAUGAGAACAGAGCCUGAGACUGAAGAUGACUCGUUUAAUGUGACGGCUCCCUUCACCAGACCACAGGAGUUAGAAGAAAGGAAGAGUGUCCUCCUUGAAAGUACAGGUUUUAGCUACACACAAAAGAGACAGAGGGGUAAUAUUGUGUAUUGGUGGUGUUCACAACGUACCAAGACCAGGAGAUGUCCGGCUACGGUGAUUCAACGUGAUGACAACUUCCGAGGAGGCUUACACAGACACGACCAUCCAGCUGACCUUGGUCUCCGACAUAAGACUCUUCUUACCAAAAAGGUGAAAACAGAUGCCAAGCAGCAACCGUUCGUGUCAGCAAAGGCAGUUGUUGAGGAUGCCUACAAGGAUCUUCGUGCCGAAGAUUUCAACCUUCCAGAUGAGGGUCUUCUUGUUAGACGAGCAAACCGCCAUCGCCAGAAGACAAGACCUCCAGAGCCACGUAGAGAAGACUUCCAGCUGGUAGAGGAAGCCCUUCCAGAUGGAUAUCUUUGCUGUGAUUUGACUGUAGAUGGAGCCAGGCACAUCAUUUUCGCAACCAACACACAACUGGAUGUCCUCCAAAAGGCCAAGCGAUGGUAUGUGGAUGGUACGUUCAAGGUGCUGAGGAGCAGGGACACUUUUGAACAGCUUUACAGUAUCCACGCCUUCCUGAAGAAUGAUGAGGGGGAAACAAAACAAGUUCCAUUGGUAUUCAUCUUCAUGAGUCGUAAGAGGAAGAAGGAUUAUAAGAAGGUGUUUAAGAAAGUGAAAGCUCUGACUACACCAAACAAAGUUGAGGGCUUUGUGCUGGAUUUUGAGGCAGCAGCGUGGUCGGCUAUCAGACGUGUAUUUCCAGAUGUGAAGAUCUCAGGGUGUGCUUUCCACUGGUCACGGGCAGUCUGGAGAAAGUUCAGUUUUGCAUUUCAGAAUCUAGGUUUGACUGGAGCCUACAUGCAAGAUGAGGGUACUCACUGGUUCAUUAGGAAGAUACUCGCCCUACCACUUAUACCAGCUGAACAUGCUGCACCAGCCUUCGAGCACAUUCAACGAAAGGGAACACCACCUCUACAGCCUCUUCUCGAGUAUGUACAAUCAACCUGGUUCAAUGGAUUCUGGUCACCAGAAGAAUGGUCUGUCUAUGGACAGUCCAUUCGCACCAACAAUGACUGCGAAGGAUGGCACCGCAGAUUGAACUACAUUACCAAUGGACCACCUCCCUUCUACAUCCUAGUUGAAAAACUACAUGAAGAGUCACAGCGCCUAAGUCUGCAGAUGAAGCUAGUGUCAGAAAGUAAGCUGAAAAAAGCUCAGAGGAAACAAGUGAGGUCUAUGCAGACAAGAUUUUUAAUAUGUGGGAGCAAUAUGAAUCAGACUCCUUGACAACAUCUAAACUCUUAAAGAAACUUUCACGUGUUUAUGCACCAGUGUUUGAAUAAUUCAGAUGAUUAGACAUUUCAUGGAUCAGUGUUUGAAUAGUUCAAAUUAUUAGACAUUUCAUGGAUCAGACUUAGAAAUAGUGCAUCUCUAAUAUUAUUUAUUUUGUAAAUAUGUAUAAAAUGUUUGAAUAGUGAAUAGUUUGAUAAGACAAUUAUGGAGCAACUAGUGUUUAGUUUCAGCGAUGAAAUAGUGCAACCAGUACCUGCAGCUCUAAUCAUGCUAAUAUUAUUUAUUUUGUAUUUUGUGUAUAUGUGUAUAAGUUAUUAAGAGUUUUUACAGAUAUAUAUAUAGGAUUCUGAUAAGAUAGCUGCAGAUGCAUAUAUAUAAAACAAAAUUAGGGUGAAAAAUAAAGUAUUUAAAACAGA